AUGCCUCACGAGGUGGUUCCACCACUGCCCACUCAUAGUUCUUAUCCAACUCCAAGUGGGUGGCAGCCACCACAAGGGUUAGCCCCAGGAUGGACGGGAAACUCGUUCAACUCGAGUAGGGUUCCGACCGAGGUUUUUGUCUAUAAUACCCAAACCAUGAUGUCGGUUUGGAAAAAUCUUCCAUUAUUAUCAGAUCCUCCACCAAACUUGCCAUACUACGUUCGCCGGAGGCGGGAUCACACGUUACCGCUAUAUCUCAGUCGAAAGAAGGAUCUUCUCAAUGAGGAAACACUGGACAUCGAUCAUGUGGAGCUAGUCAUAAUGAAAGAAAUCGAGGGCGAUGUAUUCGCUUGCGAGAGCGACCUUCGAGAAUUCCUUGAGACCGAGCUUGGUAUGCCUGUAGCUACUCACGUUGAUGAAUUGAAGGGGAGAAUCACGAUUAAAGGAGCUGAUAGAUCUCUUGUUGAAAAAUUUUUAUUCUCGAGGGGAUUUUAG